AUGAUUUGGGGGCCUGACCUGAAGCCAAGCCCCCCAUCCCCCGCCCCGUACUUUCCUUCCGAUAAGUCUUCCGAUGGGAAGAGCCAACUGGCGGGGCGGCUGAACGACUUGGAACCUGGGACCUUCUCCACGCGUCCCAGGGAUCAAAGAGACCCCUCUCCAAGGCUGGGGAGCAAUCCGGACAGCUGGCCAAUACGGCCGGACGCGGACGUCUACAAGACGGAGGGGAGCGAAGUGACCAGCUACAGCAGCAGCGGGCGACCCAGUCCCAGCCCCAGUCCCAGCCCCAGUCCCAGCCCAGGCAGCGAAGAGCUGCCCGACGAGUUGCUGGGCGGCGAGGAGACCCUUAGCAGCAGCAGCAGCGGCGGCGGCGCCAUCGGAGGAGGUUGUACCGGAGGAGGCACCGAAGCCGAGGUCGGCGCCUCCAGGCACGCGGAGGAAGAGGAGGAGGAGGAUGCGGAAUCUGGGCCUCCAGGGGCCACGCCCGGCCCACCCGCCGCACCAGCCACGCAGCCUACGUCGGGCACUCAAUCCGGGCCGCAGGCGACGGCGUCCGCAGCCACGGCAGCCAAACCCAAACGCAAACGCACGGGUUCCGAUUCCAAGUCGGGAAAGCCUCGCCGGGCGCGCACGGCCUUCACCUAUGAGCAGCUCGUGGCGCUGGAGAACAAGUUCAAGUCUACGCGCUACCUGUCAGUGUGCGAGCGCCUCAACCUGGCGCUGUCGCUCAGCCUCACCGAGACGCAGGUGAAGAUCUGGUUCCAGAACCGCCGGACCAAGUGGAAAAAGCAGAACCCAGGCGCUGACACGAGUGCCCCGACGGGAGGUGGGGCGGGGCCAGGGCCGGGCUUGGGCGGGCCAGGGGCCGGCCUGGCCGGAGGACUAAGCCCCCUCAGCCCAUCCCCGCCCAUGGGCACUCCCCUAGCCAUGCACGGUCCCACGGCUUACCCGGGCCAUGGUCCCGGAGGGCUCGUGUGUGCCGCACAGUUGCCCUUCUUGCCCAGCCCUGCGGUGCUCUCGCCCUUUGUGUUGGGCUCACAGACCUAUGGAGCACCCGCCUUCUACACCCCGCACCUAUGA